CACCAGAGAGCAUGCCACUGCCAGUGCAGUGGUGUGUGUUUUUACAUUGGCGUACGUGAUACGUACUACUAAAGUAAUCGCCGGAAAAGCUAAAAUAGUUACUCUUCAAAGCAUACGGCGACGGCUCUGGAGUGCUUUCUUUGUUUUUCCGUUCUGCAGCUCACUGUCUUCUUCUCAAGCUCAAAUUUGGCAGUAUGGAUGGACAAAGUAGCUUCCGGAAUUCUCUAGAGCUGAUGUUGAUGCACUUUGGAAGGAAUGUUAAUGAUGUUGUUUAUGUACCUGAAGCCGAUCCUAAUCAGCAAGUUGUUACAUCAGAUGGAAGUAGUGAUCAUACCCAGGCUAAUGAUCUGCCUUCAUUACCUCAUUCCUUUGAGGACCAGAGAACACCUCUUAAUUAUUAUGAAUUUUUAACGGAGCAUUCAUCUCUUAUUGAGAAACCUCAUACUCAUGAUAAUGUGUUGGACCCAGCUUCUGUUACUGACUCACAUCUUGUUCAAUGCAUAAGUGAAAUCCAGCCAGAAUUGCUUUAUGGCUAUCCGGGAUUGGCUUCUGCUUCAAAGCUUGCUGUUUCUUCUCUUGAUUUGGAUUCAUGGAAAUUGAAUCCCUAUUCCUACAUGUUUGACACUAGCCACCAUGAACCUUCCCUCAAUAUAAAAUGCAAUGAGCAGGACCUAAUGGUUGAAUUGAAAAGUUUCCAAGAUCAGAGCCAAGCCCAGAGUCAUAUUCCAUUGACACAAGGGCUCAGUGAAGAAGUCUGUAUUGCUUCACAAAGUCGUCCAAGGGCAAAAGUUGUUCCAUCUGUCUUUAUGUCCAAUCCAGGCUACAAUGCAUCAAGACGAAAAGCUACUUUAAAUGAUCGACAACGUAAGGAGCGAAUAUCUGAAAGACUGCAGGCACUGCAAGAACUGCUUCCACAUUCUGUUCAGGGAAGCCAAACAAGAGUGAUGGAUGCAAUUAUUGAACAUGUCAAGUACCUGCAGUUCCAAAUGAAGGAAUUAAGUCGGAGCAGAUUGAGAGGUGACCUGCAUUCUGGUCCUUCCAUUUUCCUUGAGGGAUAUCAACACUAUAUUCUUCAGAAGCAGCUGAUGAAUGAACCUCUUGAAGACACAAUGGAGAAGUUUCUGAAAGCAAAUUCAUCUGCUGCAACAAAGUUCUUGGAGAGCAAGGGUCUUUUGGUACUGCCAAUGGCUUUGGCUGACAGAUUAAAACAAGCCAUAUAGAAGUUCAUCAUGCUCGUCUACAUUUUGAUGAUUGAUCACAAACUAAAUGGUGUAUAUAUGUUUUGAUCAUUCAGUAAAUCAGGAUUUUGCACAAGUCUGCCAAUACAUUUUGAUUAGAUAGACGCGUUAAGUUAGUGUGUGACGAUGAUGAGCACAUUGAACUAUCUGUUCGACUUAUUUGAAUGCAAAACAUUUUUGGCAAA